CUAAUCUCCUCUGGCCCGGUGGGUGCCUUUACAUAAUUCACCUGGCAUGGGUCUUCCCCACAUCCUACCUCAUUGCCUGCCAUUCUACCAUUGCACAGGCCAAACGGUACCGUACAUAGGCAAGGCCCAAUACCACAGCAAAUUGGGAUUCCAGAUACGACCCUAAGCCCCCAUUAAAAGGCUGAAAGACAACUACUAUCAGCAAUUCCAAAUAGUCUUGUCAAACAGAUACCCAGGGAUCAUUUGAGGCCAUUCUACCUUUCGCUUACCACCGUAUGAAGGAGUUUGCAAGCCGAUUUACAACUGUUGGCAUUCCUGGCCUGCCAGAUCAUCGGGCAACAACGAUUGCUAACGAUCUCGCGACUUGGAAGCUGUCCAGAUCUUUCAGCGAGGAUCUGGACUUCGUUCAUUUGUCCACAGAUUUCGACAGCGAUGUCCCAAAGCGUGUUUGGAUAUUAUGCGACUUCAGUAUUCGCGAGCUACGCUCUGAAGUUCAUGACAUCCCAGUAGAAUUUUGGAAAGUUAAAUACAACGGGGAAUCAGCAAUCUUCGAGGAGUGCCAGAUAAACGGGAACACGUUUACCAAUAUGCAUCCAUGGGGAGGGAGGGGUGGAGAAUGGGAACAUCGAUUACGACGAAGGUAUGAAAUUGGUCAAGGAAAGGAGACUGCUGGCGUGCUUGAUUCAGGUCAAAAAAAGUGAGAAGACAUCGCCUGGCAGCGAGGACCAGGAGGGUCACGAUGGACGAGGGUGAGCGGAGGCAGCAGGCGGUUAGGAUGUUGGGACCAUAUACGACUGGACUCCGAACUCUAGGUGCAUCAUCGCACUUUCUAAUGAAGCAGCACCCAUGACCAGAGACCCCAGAGGCCCAUGGCUUCUGAUCAAAGAGAC